GAUUCGGCGAUUUGAUUCCCUAUCCCUGCGCUGCCCACCUCCCCUUUCCCGCCCUCUUUCCUAAAUACCCCCCCUCCCCCUCCUCAGAAACCCAAUUCCCGAAAUCACCCCCCACCUCCCGUUCCCAAAUCCCAAUCCCCCACUCCCUCCCUCCCUCCCAAGAACCCCGCGCCGCCGCCUCCCCACCUCGCCAUGGGCAGCGCCGCCGCCACCUCGCCGCCGCCGUCUGGGAAGCUCACGCAGGACGAGCUGAAGCGCGUGGCGGCGCACCGCGCGGUGGAGUUCGUGGAGCCCGGCAUGACGCUGGGCCUGGGCACGGGGUCCACGGCGGCGCACGCGCUGGACCGCCUCGGGGACCUCCUCCGCGCGGGCGCGCUCCCGGGCGUGGCCGGGGUGCCCACCUCCCUCAAGACGGAGGCCCACGCGUCCGCCGUCGGGAUCCCGCUGCUCCCGCUCGACGCCGCCUCGGGCGCCAGGAUCGCGCUCUCCAUCGACGGCGCCGACGAGGUCGACCCGGACCUCAACCUCGUCAAGGGACGCGGCGGGUCGCUGCUCCGCGAGAAGAUGAUCGAGGGCGCCGGGGACCGGUUCGUCGUCAUCGUCGACGAGUCCAAGCUCGUCCCCCGUCUCGGAUGCACGGGCGCCAUCCCCGUCGAGGUCAUCCCUUUCGGCGCGCCCCACACGCUGGGACUCAUCCGCAACCUGUUCGACGGCGUGUCCGGCUUCCACGCCAGGCUCAGGACCGCCCCCGCCGCCAAGGGGGAAGACUUGGAGGCGCCCUUUGUCACCGACAACGGCAACUACAUCGUCGAGAUGUUCUUCGAGGACGGCAUCCGCGGCGACCUGCGCGACAUCAGCGACCGCCUGCUCCGGAUCACCGGCGUCGUCGAGCACGGCAUGUUCCUGGGCAUGGCCACCACCGUCAUUGUCGCCAACAAGGACGGCACCGUCGCAGUCAUGGGCAGGAAGAAGUAGUAGUAGUUUACAAGUAGUAGCCUGCCUGUUCUUCGAAGCAGCGAUCGCCUGCUCUGGAUCAACGGCGUCGUCGAGCAUGGCAUGUUCCUCGACGUGGCCAAUCGUCGACAACAACGACGACAAGCAAUAAUUUUUGCAAGUAGCCUGUGUCUGUGCAACAUCCAGCUACUCUUAUCUAAGUUGAAGUUGUAUCGUGUCUGUGCGUCAUCCUCCUAUACUGAGUGUCUGCUGAUUACUCUGGAGUACUCCUAUGUUAAUCAUCAUCCUGAUGUUGUCAUCACACCUUGCACCUUGCUACCGGUGAUUCUCAUGCUAUUUAUUAAACCAGCUAAUUUUGCAAU